UUUUUGACAGACGUAAAUUGACUGCGCUAUCGUGGAUGUGUAUAAGCUUUCAGUAACUAUAUGGGCCUAAGCAGAUGUAAAGUUAAUACGUGCUUCAGUCUUUUUGCCUAACAACAUUUCUAAAUUACAUACUUUCUAAACAUUGUGUACAACAACAUGUCGGACGUUUUAACUAAAGGGACAAUGUCUGCUCGAACUCAAGGUUAACAAUCCAUGUGUUUUCUGGAAUCAGUCAGAUCAUGGGUUGCUGGCAGCCAGUGACCAACAUUAAAAAUUUUGUAUUCCAUAAUCCUCCUAUGGUCACAUUUUUCUUCUCUCUAUUGAGUCUGGCUAUUUCUUUUAUCUGCCUGGCCUCGUAUAGUUAUACCCAUAGUCUACCAAACCCUGACAUAGACGUGGAUUGGAACCAUGUGCUGUCCUCCUUAUCACAGUUAGAACUGUGCAUUAAACCCAGAGCAAACUCAACUGAGCUUGUUUCCCCUGCCACUACUCAUCCUAACUGGAAACAAAACAAAAGAGAGUCUGUGUCUACCUCUACAAACAAUUCUUCUUCAGUCACACAUUUACAUGUGCAAGUUCCUCUGCGUGUGUCUCUCAGCACAGCCAAUGGUCCGGUACAAAACCACAGUCUGUUUACAACACUGAGAGCCGGUCAAUUACACCUUAAAGGUGAUCAGAGUGUAAAUGUGACUCUUCAGUUUACAUCUGGAGUCACUUACCAAACUUGCAUUGCUAUAAGUGUCCCAACACAACUCCUACCUCAAAGCCCACUUCCUCCAAAGUGUCCUGCAUUCAACAGUUCACCUAUCCAGGUGGAAGUAAACAAUGAGCUGCCUUCAACAUUCCAAACCUGCUACAGUUUACAUUAUACCAAUGACCCUACUCUGGCUGUCAUGUUAACACAGGUGGAGCAGAAUAUGGCAGUACACCAUCUGUUGGAAGUCAGUGUCUCUUUGUUGGCAUUGUGUCUGAUGCUGUGUUUAGCUGCAAGUGUGUCACAAUUGCUGAUAUGUUGCAACCCCUGGAAUGGGUUGCAUCUACAAAAUGUAUGUAAUUGAAAAUAAAUCUUGACACAAAAUAAUUUCUUUGUGCAAAUGUCCUUAAAAUAAUUUAAAUCAUGCAUAAUCAUG